AACAUCAGCCUGAAAGGUCAGAAGGAACAAUCCAAAGGCAACUGGGAGCCACUGAAGCUUUUUGAGGAAGAAAAUGAAGGGAUCAGACCCGUGUUGGGAAUACCAGUCUAGCAAAUGUUGAGGAUGGAUUAAGGCAUGGAGAAACUGGAGGAAAAGAGACCAACUGCAGUAGUUCAGGCAAGGGAUACUAAAGGCUUGAAGUAGGGUGGAGGCUGUAGGAGCUUAACAUAGGGAGAUGGUUAAGUAUUCAGGAAAAGGGAUUUAACUAGAAACUCACUUUUUAAAAUGCUUAACAAGACGUAGCUUGCUGCCAGAGAUAAGAAAGAAAAGUAAAGUUCUAUGGAUACAGUAUGUUUAUUAAAAAAAAAAAGCCAGCAGAAAAAUGGUUAAAUUUAGCCUUAAAAGGAAGCCUGUUCAGCACCACUUCAGCUGAACACAAAUUAGAAGGACCCUGGGAAAUCUAUAAAGCCCUGUUUUGUUGCCAAGGACAGGCAGCAAGAUCUGCAUCUGCUGUCAAGAACAAUGACAGUCACUUACUCAGGGUAAUGUUUUUAACCAGGUUUCAGUAGUGGUGUGGUGCUUUUCCUCCUUCUACCUAUUUGCUGCUACUGAAUUAUUCAACAGGUAGCAUCCAGUACAGCCGCUUUAUCAUCCCAACUACUUUCCAGAAAAGUUAAGCUAGUGUUUCCAGAAAAGUUAAGCUAGUGUCUUGCUCCUAUCCUGGCCUAGGUGAACCGACAAACCCUGGAAAGGUACACAAAAGUACAGACCAUGAAGACAAAGGGAGUCUGUCUUGAACAAACACAUGUGAAAGGACUGCCGGAUCUGCUCAGGUUUCCAGAUAGUCAAGAAACAUCAGAGAGCAAGUAUGAAUAGCUGAUCUAAAACUACAUGAGAAGACAUCCAGAAGACAGAUUAAGGACUUGUUAAUUACCUUUAAGAUUAAAAACAACAACAACAAUAAAAACCACUUCUGUGAUUCCAGCUUUAAAAGCUUUCAUUUAAAGAACUGCAGACAAUCUCACUAUUUUCUUCCUCUUUGGUAAUCAAUGACCUUUUUGCAACAUAUAAACUCAAAAAUCUAGAAAGUUUGCUUAUAACAACUUUCCCUUGAUUUUCCCCAAUAUUGACUAUCCUCAGUCCAGAGGUAGAUUUUUUUUCUGAAGAUGUAUCAGAUGUACCAAACAUUUAAAAGAGAUUUUCGUGAACCCUUUGGAAAGUCAUAAAAACUUAGCUAUACGUGAGCUUUUACAACCAGAGUGGGGAUACUUAUGUAAUCCGUGCAGCAAGGGCCUUUACCAUGGAGGUUUAUCAUGCAGGUACCCUGUCGCCAGUGGAUUGCAAUAGUACAACCUUUGAACUGAACCAAUCGCACCUGCUCAAUGAAACUGACCCUUUCAAACAAGCUAAUGACCAAUAUGAACACCAACAGUAUGUUAUUGGUCUUUUCCUCUCGUGUCUCUACACUAUCUUUCUCUUUCCUAUUGGCUUUGUGGGGAACAUUCUGAUAUUAGUAGUGAACAUCAGCUUUCGUGAAAAGAUGACAAUCCCUGACCUGUACUUCAUCAACCUUGCAGCGGCGGAUCUCAUCCUGGUAGCUGACUCCUUGAUAGAAGUAUUUAACCUAGAUGAGAAGUAUUAUGACAUCACAAUCCUCUGUACCUUUAUGUCUCUGUUCCUGCAAAUUAACAUGUAUAGCAGUAUUUUCUUCCUGACAUGGAUGAGUUUUGACCGUUACAUCGCCCUAGCUAAGGUCAUGCGAUCCAGCCUUUUUCGCACAAAGCACCAUGCCCGGCUGAGCUGUGGCCUCAUCUGGAUGGCAUCCAUCUCUGCUACACUGGUCCCUUUUACAGCUGUCCAUUUGCAGCACACAGAAGAGGUCUGCUUCUGUUUUGCCGAUGUGAAAGAAAUCCAGUGGCUUGAGAUUACUUUGGGGUUCAUCAUCCCCUUUGCCAUCAUCGGUCUCUGUUACUCACUCAUUGUCCGAGUUCUCAUCAAGGCUCACAAGCACCGGAGCCUGAGGCUGCGGCGGCAAAAGGCCCUCCGAAUGAUUUUUGCUGUGGUCCUAGUUUUCUUUAUCUGCUGGCUACCUGAAAAUGUCUUCAUUAGUGUACACCUCUUGCAAAGAAAGGAGCCAGCUAUUUCUUCAUGCAAACAGUCUUUCCGCCAUGCCUAUCCUUUAACUGGCCAUAUAGUUAACCUAGCAGCUUUUUCAAACAGCUGCUUAAACCCACUCAUCUAUAGCUUUCUUGGGGAAACCUUUAGAGAAAAACUGAGGCUAUAUAUUGAACAGAAAAGCAACUUGUCAGCCCUAAAUCGUUUCUGUCAUGCUGCCCUCAAGUCAGUUAUUCCUGAGAACAGUGAGCAGACAGAAGUAAAAUUUAGCAGUGCUGUGUAAAUAGACAACUGUGAAAGUUUUUUCAUCAAUGUAGACCAAAACUGUGUGCCACUAACAAAUGCACAGGUAGCUAGGGAAGGGGGAAAAAUACAAAUAUUUCUUUUUCCUCUCAAGGGUUUCUAAUAUUGUCCAGCUCUGUGGUUCCUGUUUAGUGGCUUGUGAACCUUUGAGGGUUCUCAACAAUAUUCAAAGAAUUUCAAAAUUCUUCAAUGGAACCUUAUAUGUUAAAUAAUUAUUGAAUAUUAUGAGUAAUAUAUUGUUACUCUAGGAAUUCACAACAAAUUAUUUUUUAUUGAAAGGGGUUCCUGGAAGGAAAAAAAAUAUUAGGAACCACUGAUCUAGAUACUACUGUAAACUUGGUUUGACAUGUAAAUUUUGGUCAAGUUUUCUUAAUUAUAAUUGGAGUUACUAAAAAACACACCUUAAAAAUCUCUCACUUUGCAUAUGGAUCAGAGAGCCCUAAUAAUAGUUAAAGAUAGAAAUGAUCACAGUAUGUUUUCCUAUGGCAAAGAAGAAUCAACAGAUGACAGAAUCACAAUGUUCUGCUAGUCUUCAUGUGGACUUUUGUUACUUCUCCUGGGAGAAAACUGCCAAAACAACAAGUGGGAAAACUUAAAUUUAUUAAGAUGUUUCUGUGGAGAUGUAGCACUUUAAAUGGAAACUUAGCUACUGAGAAUAAAUCUACCACUUUGUAUAAUGAACAUGAAGACUUCUGGCUAAAGUCUGUUUGAACUAUUCUAAAUUUGAUGUCAUAGUGGGAAAUCAAGUCUCAUGAUUUAUAAUCUACUGCUAUACACUUUGACACUUGACUAGCACUCAAAUGAAACACAUCAUUCAUAGACACCUUUAAAUAUUGUAAUCUUUCUUAGAGUGGCCAUCAAUUCUAAAAUACAUGAGCUCAUUUGGCCCACCACCUUGUUCAUAGAUAAGUCACAGUCACCUGUGUAAGCUAGAUUUACAUUCAUGAGGAGGCUUCUCCUUGAAUAACAUAACAGCUAUUCUAAUGCUAGUCUGAUCUGAAUUGCUGACUUCUUCAAUGUAUAUGUUUACAAUAAUCUUGGCAUUUAAAAGAAUGUGGAAUGAAAUUGUGAGUGUUGUUGUAGAGUUUAUCAUACCCAACAGAGAAUGUAAUAGCAUGGCAUUUUUGAUUUAAUAAUGUUAAUAGAAUAAUGAUGAUGAUAAAGAUGUAGAUGGCUCUCAUUAAAAUACUAAAGGUCUAA